CUGGGUUUAUCAGCCAGUAAGCCUGUAGACAGAAGCAGGGCACACAGUGAGAAAAUAAAGAGCAAAAAGAGGGUGGCUUUUGCUAGAGAUAAGCACGGCUAAAUCAAUCAAGAUGAACCACAGCUCCAACGAGAAAGAACCUGAGACCAUAGAGCCACUGCGUUAUCUCAGUAAAAUGGAGGUGGCGACCAUUGAGACGGAGCUCCUGAGGGACUAUCGCUUUGGGCAGCAGCAACUGAUUGAAAUAUGGGGACAUGCUUGCGCUAUUGCUGUCACAAAGGCUUUUCCUUUGAGCUCCCUGAGUAAAAAGCAGCCCACCCUGCUGGUUGUUUGUGGUCCUGAACAGAAUGGCUCCAUUGGUCUGGUGUGUGCCCGCCAUCUGCGCAUGUUUGAAUAUGAGCCCACCAUUUUCUAUCCCAAGCGUUCUCCUCAGAGUUUGCACCAGGACUUCACUGUUCAGUGUGAGAAAAUGGACAUCCCUUUCCUGUCCUAUCUUCCGACGGAGGUCCAGCUGUUAAAUGAUGCCUACAAUCUGGUGAUCGACGCCAUCCUGGGACCAGAAACCGAGCACAAGGAGGUUAAAGAGCCCUACGCUGGGAUGCUGGUGACUCUCAGACAGGCCAAAAUACCCAUCGUUAGUGUGGACAUGCCCUCAGGUUGGGAUGUUGACGAACCCGCCAAAGAUGGGAUAAAUCCAGAAGUUCUCAUUUCUCUGACAGCUCCCAAAAAGUGCGCAACAGGUUUCUCGGGAAACCACUUUCUGGCAGGACGAUUCCUGCCCUAUGACAUUCAGAAAAAAUUUGAACUUAAUCUGCCAGAAUUCCCCGGCACGGAAUGUGUUAUAGAACUGUAGCCAUUUAUACAGACCUGUAUUUUGAAUAACAAGGAUGUUUUUCCCCCUUUUCGUAUUUUUUAGAUUGUUCUGUGGCAUUCAGUUACUGACAAAUAUGACUAGAUACUUUGGAUAGUUAAGGUGAGUUUUCUAUGGAAGCUCGUUUCUGUUACGGGAUGAAAAAAUACAAAAUGUAAUUGCAAAUGAAUCUCACAAUUCUGACAUUUUUUCUUGAAAUUCUGAGUAUAUACCUCACAAUCCAGCAGUAUAACUCAGAAUUCAGAGGGGAAAAAAACAUUUCUAGCACUUCAGAGUUUACAUCACGCAAUUCUGAC